GUAAAUUGGAAGCAACACGACAAGAAUAAGGACAAAGACGUAAAUGCUCUGAAAAUGUUUAUUGUCCUAGUGUUUUAUAAACCAAAAAAACAUCAGUCUCAUGCCAUGUUUCUCGAUAUCCGAGCUCACUUCUAUUCUCUUCUAUUCUCUCCCUUUAUUCCACUCUUCUCUUCAAUCUCCCUUUCCUCCAUCACCACCAACAAUGCUUAUUAGGGUUUUUCAUCUCCUUGAUUCUGAUUCAGAUGCUUCAAAACAACACUGCAACUAAUUAGACAAGACAAAAGACAAAGACAAAGACAAAGACAAGGACAACUUCACUUUCUAUUCCAAACAAAGUUAUCUUCUUACAAACUCCAUAUUCCUUCCUUCUACCUCAAGCUCCAUUUCAAACUUAUCUUGUUCAAAAGAAAGAAAGAUUCAAUUUUUCAAACCACCCUUCUCUUUCUCUUUCACUUUCAUUUUUAUGGAUUCCACUAACCUUUAAAUCAAUAAUAAAUAAAUAAAAAAACCCACCUUGGUUCACAAGGUAAUGGUGUUGUUAGUGGUCAAAGUUGAAGGAACAGUAGAAGGUGAAGGAACAAAGAAAAAAAAAACCAAACUUUCUUCUUCAUUUUCUUUCAUUCACACAAACCCAUUUUCAAUUUUCCUUAAACUUGUCUUUUUUCAUUAAAUCUCUUCAAUUUCUCAUAUAAAGUUACAUUCUUUACUAGACCCAACAAUUUUCUUCUUCCUUGGAGUCUGAGAAAUAUGGCUAUGGCUGUGGCUCAUCAUAGAGAAAGUAGUAGCAGUGGUGGAAGCAUUGAUAAGCAUCUUGAUUCAGGAAAAUAUGUUAGGUACACUUCUGAACAAGUUGAAGCUUUGGAAAGGGUUUAUGCUGAGUGUCCUAAACCUAGUUCUAUGAGAAGACAACAAUUGAUUCGUGAGUGUCCUAUUCUUUCCAACAUUGAACCUAAACAAAUCAAGGUUUGGUUCCAAAAUCGAAGAUGUAGAGAGAAGCAAAGAAAAGAGGCUUCAAGGCUUCAAACUGUGAAUAGGAAAUUAUCUGCAAUGAACAAGUUGUUGAUGGAGGAAAAUGAUAGAUUACAGAAACAAGUGUCACAGCUUGUGUGUGAGAAUGGAUUUAUGAGACAGCAAUUGCAUACUCCAUCAGCAGCAAAUACUGAUGCAAGUUGUGAUUCAGUGGUUACAACUCCUCAGAAUUCCAAAAGAGAUGCUAAUAACCCUGCUGGACUCCUAUCAAUUGCGGAGGAGACUUUGACAGAGUUCCUUUCAAAGGCUACAGGAACUGCUGUUGAUUGGGUCCAGAUGCCUGGGAUGAAGCCUGGUCCGGAUUCGGUUGGGAUCUUUGCUAUUUCACAAAGUGGUAGUGGAGUAGCAGCUCGAGCAUGUGGUCUUGUUAGUUUAGAACCUACGAAGAUUGCAGAGAUCCUUAAAGAUCGUUUAUCUUGGUUUCGAGAAUGUCGGAACCUAGAAGUUUUCACAAUGUUUCCUGCCGGAAAUGGAGGAACCGUUGAGCUUGUUUACACACAGACAUAUGCUCCAACAACGCUAGCUCCUGCCCGGGAUUUCUGGACUCUGAGAUACACUACAACUUUGGAGAACGGUAGUAUUGUGGUCUGUGAGAGGUCCCUGUCCGGUUCUGGCACUGGCCCUAAUCCGGCUGUUGCUGCUCAGUUUGUAAGGGCCGAAACACUCCCAAGUGGCUACUUGAUUCGACCAUGCGAUGGUGGAGGUUCAAUCAUCCACAUUGUAGACCAUUUAAAUCUUGAGCCGUGGAGUGUUCCAGAAGUGCUACGGCCACUUUACGAAUCACCAAAAGUGGUGGCUCAAAAAAUGACCAUUGCGGCACUUCGAUAUAUUAGGCAAAUAGCUCAGGAAUCAAGUGGUGAAGUUGUAUAUGGAUUGGGUAGACAGCCUGCUGUUUUGCGAACAUUCAGCCAAAGAUUGAGCAGAGGCUUCAAUGAUGCUGUAAAUGGAUUCAAUGACGAUGGUUGGUCUAUACUGAACUGUGAUGGCGCUGAGGAUGUAAUUAUUGCUGUUAAUUCAACCAAGAACUUGAGUAGCACUUCUAAUCCAGCAAGUUCCCUUACAUUCCUUGGAGGAAUUCUCUGUGCAAAAGCUUCUAUGUUGCUCCAAAACGUUCCUCCUGCAGUUUUGGUUCGCUUUUUAAGGGAGCACCGCUCGGAAUGGGCUGAUUUCAAUGUCGAUGCUUAUUGUGCCGCAUCAUUGAAAGCUGGAAACUAUGCCUAUCCAGGGAUGAGGCCUACAAGAUUCACAGGCAAUCAAAUAAUCAUGCCUCUUGGCCAUACUAUUGAACAUGAAGAGAUGCUUGAAGUUAUUAGGCUUGAAGGCCACUCUCUUGCUCAAGAAGAUGCUUUUGUUUCUAGGGACAUUCAUCUCUUACAGAUAUGUAGUGGAACUGAUGAGAAUGCUGUUGGGACUUGUUCUGAGCUCAUAUUUGCUCCAAUUGAUGAAAUGUUCCCAGAUGACGCUCCAUUGGUACCUUCUGGUUUCCGCAUCAUACCAUUGGAUUCAAAACCAGGUGAUAAGAAGGAUACACCGAAUUCAAACCGGACCUUGGAUUUGAUGACUUCAGGUCUUGAAGUGGGCCCAGCAACAACUCACGGUGGUGCAGAUUCAUCAUCAAGUCAAAACACCCGAUCGGUGUUGACUAUUGCCUUUCAGUUUCCUUUCGACAGCAAUAUGCAAAAUAAUGUUGUAAUCAUGGCUCGUCAAUAUGUUCGUAGUGUGAUUUCCUCAGUACAAAGGGUUGCCAUGGCUAUAUCACCGUCCGGUAUCAACCCAGCUGUUGGUGCAAAACUUUCUCCUGGUUCUCCAGAAGCAGUUACGUUAGCUCACUGGAUCUGUCAGAGUUAUAGUUACUAUUUGGGGUCAGACUUGCUCAGGUCAGAUUCUCUAGUCGGCGACUUGAUGCUAAAACAGCUGUGGCAUCACCCUGACGCCAUUCUAUGCUGUUCACUGAAGUCUCAGCCAGUUUUCGUGUUUGCAAAUCAAGCUGGCCUUGACAUGUUGGAAACAACUCUAGUGGCUUUACAAGACAUCACGUUGGAUAAAAUAUUUGACGAGUCGGGUCGCAAGGCAUUAUGUGGAGAUUUUGCUAAGUUAAUGCAACAGGGGUUUGCUUAUCUGCCAACUGGGAUGUGCAUGUCGACGAUGGGGCGGCACGUUUCUUACGAGCAAGCCAUUUCAUGGAAAGUGCUUACAGCAGAUGAUAAUAGUGUUCAUUGCUUAGCUUUCUCUUUCAUAAAUUGGUCAUUUGUAUGAAAAUCCAAUUAUCAGAAAUUUUUGUUCAUGUAGUACUAUAUAACACAGGAUCAAGUUUGCAUUUAAUUAGAUUUAAUUUAUUUCUUA